GUCUUCUGCGCAUUCGACGGGUGCACAUGGGCCUUGCCAACAGGAACGGAAGAAGAGCUCCACGAGCAUGUGAAGAACACUCACAAGGCGGAGCUAGGAAUGGCGGCUCAGCACCUACCCAGCCCCAAGCCGGCCGACGCGCUGACCAGCGUCUACAACGAGGCCGUCGCGCUGCGAUGCAGAGAAGCCGCGCCCGUCGCGGGAAGCUCGCGAGACAGAAGCGCGCUGCGAAGCUUCGCCGAGGCCACAAGCAAGGACAGGGUGGAAUCGCUCAUCUGCUUCAGCUGCGCCUGCAUCCAUCCCUAUGUUGCCGACACGGCAGCCAGCGGCCGCAUCCGCUGGGCCAGACUCAUCGAGGGCCCCGCCGACAACGACGACGUCGGUCACGCCGAAAUGGCUCACCGCCUGCACGAGCUGUUCAGCAUCGACAAGUACCUGGAUCGCUACGAGGACCUCGCCGGCGACGUGAAGCUCAGGGACGUGGCCAACUUCGACGACUGGACGGUUACCAUCCCCGGGUUCGGCGACCUCCUGUGCUGCCCGGAAGACCAUCGCUGCCAGGCCUGCCCCCAGCACCCGAGCCAGCACACUCUAUGCGAGCACUGCGAAGUGCCCCUCUGCAGCGACUGCCGGCGGCACCUGAGCAACGGCGAUCUCCCCCCCUUGAGCCUGUGCAACGACAUGUGGACCGGAUACUCACCGGCACGCCUCCACGCCGAGAAGGUCACCGUCAUGGAGAUGAUCUGCGCGAGCCCCUGCAUCACGAUGCUGAUCUGCAUGGCCAUGGAAGCACGACACCGCAGCGAAGGAACCACCCUGGACGAAAAGGCCCAGUGCGCCAACCACCGGCUCGGAGCCCGAGGCAACGCCCUCAGCUUCCCACUGCCAUGGGAAGACGUGCUGCGCAACCUACAGGCGCACGACGCAGAAGUAGCGCAGGCGCGGCAACCGGCGGCGGCAGGCGGAGAGGAACCGGCGCCCAGCUUGCCGCGCGCGGGCAAGGCACUCGGAGACGUGGUGCGGGUCCUCUUGAAGACGAACAGGACGGGCAAGACCAGCGAGUCCGAAAUCAAGACCCUGCUCCACCAAGCUACGGUGCGGAGAGAAGUGGUCGUCAACCUCAUCCUCGACAUGCAGCGCCUAGGGCAUCCCGCAUUCCAGCACCUGCGACAGGAAGCCCUCCGAGAGGCCGCAGCGCAGCUGCCGGAGAGCGGCGUGCCGCCGGAAGUGCUGAAGAUCAUCCACGGCAUGACCGAGGAGGACGAGACGAGCCACAAGCUGCAGCCGCAGAAGGCAGCGGCUCCAACGGACGCCCCGGAGCAAGACGUGAAGCAAGCCGGCGCCAUCUUCGCCAACCAGCGAGCCCGAGCCGUCCUGCCGGAAGGCUGCAACCAAGACCGCGAGGACCAGAACGCCGUGGCGACGGCCGCCCUGAACGACCUCGAGGACCAGCUCCAAACCAAGCAGGAAAGCGAGAGGAUCUGCAACACCCUCGAAGUGCGCACGAGCAACGCCCUCGUGGACCAGUUCCAGCCGCUCUACUUCGCCACGGCCUUCAGCUUCUGCUUCGCGCACGGGACCGCCUGCCCCGACGUCCAGAACAGCCAAGCGGACGCCCAGCGAAACCAGCAGGACCCGGGACGGCGCCGCAGACGCAACCCGCAAGCGCCCAAGGUGGAAAUCCACGCGUGGGCAGCGGCCAUGCAACGACGAGCCGAGACCCAAUUCCGGCGGGACUGGACCUUCGGCUUCACCCUGUGGAACUACCUGUUCAGAACCAUGGUCAACGUGCAACAGAACACCUUCAUGUACUGCGUCCCCGACGAGAACAACGGACGCAGAGCACUGACCAACCAAGAGAUCCUGGACGGCGCGAAGCAGAUCCAGACAGAGCUGGUCAAAGGGCAGUACCUGGACGUCAACAAGCAACUGCGGCCCGUCAGCGGAGACCUGAGCAAGGUACGCUUCGCCACCGGAAUCACACCGGCAGCCCUGAAGGUCUUGGACAACACGGCGGCGCGCAGCAGGAACACCCCCGGGACCCACGAGGUGUGCAAGACCAUGCGCCACCAAACCCACGCCAACCGGAUCUGCCACGGCACCCCGCUCUUCGUGACCUUCUCCCCGUCCGAGCGAGACAACGCGGUGAUGCUGCGCCUCGCCUGCGCCCGGCAAUCCGACCCCAGCCUCAGCCAGGAGUCCGGAACCAGCCGCGCCGCACAGGGCCGCGGCAAGCCCGACCUGGACGUGGAGUUCUACAGCCUGAGCCCGGAAGCACUCGCCGCGGAGCUGCCGCCCUACGACGAUCGUCGCGCCGUGCUGACCAAAGACCCCGUGGCCUGCGCGGACGGCUUCCGCACCCUGGUGCAGCUGGCGCUCCGACACCUCUUCGGCGUUCGCUACUGCCCCAGAUGCCCGGACUGCGGGAAUUCCAGCAGGCCCUGCACGGACGCGUUCGGCAGCAACGCCAUGGCGUGCGGGGGCAUCUUCGGGCGGCUGGACGCCGCCUUCGGCUCCAUCGAAUGCCAGAAGUCCGGGGUGCUGCACAUCCACUUCCAGCUCUUCCUCCAAUGCUUCCACCAGUUCAACCCGCUCUCGGAACUGCAAGCGCUGGGCCCGCAGCGCAAGAUGGACCUCUUCCAGAAGUACUGCGCCUACACCGCCCACGUCAGCCGCACCAUCUACCGGGACCCGCAAGCAUGGGAAAGGAAGCGCCAAGAGACGGAAGAGAAGUGGCCCGCCUACCGCGACUCCUUCCUGGCCCUGAGCCGCCCAAACUACCAGAGGGCGGACGCCUCCACGGACGGCCCGACCUGGCGGCGCCUGUUCCUGGACGAAGACGUGGAGGCCUUGCAGCAGCUGAAGCAGCAUCAUGUGCACCUGCCCAAGAAGACGAACGGCCCGCGCCUGCCGCUGGACCACUGCCGCGACAAGAAGGACCCCACCAAAUGCAAGGCGGGCUUCCCCCGCGAACUGCAGCUGAUCGAAAAGACGACCCUGAUGUGCAAGGGACUGGCCAAGGAGAUGGGCAUGCCCGUGAAGGGCAAGCGCAGCGCCCUCGGUCGCCUGUGGGGGCCCUGCAACGACCCGAACCUCAACGGCAACCACCCCGCCUUGCUGGCCGCUCUUCGCUGCAACGGGGACGUGCAGGUGCCCUAUCGCUUCCCGAUCACGGAGGACCUCCACGCCGCGUGCGGCCGCUGCGACCAGGACUGCCCCGCCCAGAACAGCCUACGCGAAAUGACCCAGCAGGCCCAGGUGAACCAGGCCGCACAGGCGGGCUACGCCUGCGACUACAGCAACAAGCGCAAUCCCAUCGCCGUCAACGAAGUCCAAGAGUGGAAGAAGAGCCAGAAAGAUUUGGAAGCGGGGCUGCAAAACAACGCCUCCAGCGGCUACGUGGGCGCCCGGGUCUCGAAGCGCCUCAUGACCGACGCCUUCGCCCGCGGCGUGGUCCGCGGCUCCGUGGAGUGCGCAAACCUCAUCGACCACGCCGGCCACGAGGACCCCACGGCGGCGGAGGCCAUCAAGACCGCGCAGGUCGCCGAGAUGUCCCUCAAGACCGGAAUGGAACUCUUGCAAGCGGCCAUAGAUGGCAGGCCCUUCCCCACGGAGCGCGAGAAGCUCCAGAGCGACCUCAGCAGGAACUUCAAAGCUCCGAACAAGAAGAAAGUC